AUGGCUGAUAUUACCGAACCCUCUAUCAUUCCGCUGUUGUCUCGGGCGCUGCAUCACAUUCGUUCAACGCCGCCUAGGAUCAUUGCUUCCCCUGCAACACGUCUCCCCUCACCUGCCCUUGCUUGCGCUCCCUCCCUCACCGAUUUCUUCAAACUUGACUGGGUAAAUGCGCCUGGGGCACGCCCAGAGAUUCUUUUUCUUCGAAGAGAUAAACCAGAUGCGGCUGCAGACGGGAGUCGUGUGAGCAGUCCUCCAAACGAAGCACAUGUUGCCUUUCCGGGUGGCAAGACAGAAGAGGGCGACGAAGGGGGCCUAUACACUGCUAUGCGCCAGACUUGGGAGGAAAUUGGUCUCGACCUGGCCGAAUCCGCAUAUACUCCUGUAGGCCAGUUAGACGAUCGCGAAGUGACCACCUCUCUUGGAAAGCGCCUGCUUAUGGUCCUCUCGCCAUAUGUGUUCCUGCAGCUCUCCCCUCACACUACUCCUGUCGAUCCGACCCCCGGUACAACUCUUCACUGGGUACCCCUGGCCGAGCUGCUGCCGCUCCCAUCCCCCGACAGAAACCCGCGUCCACGUUGGUCACACGUCACGGUGGAUGCGUCCUCACGACUUGCUCCUAGACACUCGACGGUUCUCCGCCUACUCAUGCGGGUACUCAUUGGCAGUAUGCAGUUCCCCGCUAUCGUCAUCAAGCCGUCGUCUUCCUCGUCGUCUUCGCUUUCGUACAACAGCGAAUCCGAAAAUGAGUGGCAAGCGAUCGACGCCAAACGUGCACAAGUAGAAGCUGGAUCCACCGCCGCCGGGUCGCACAAAAGGCAACCAUCUCUGAGCAAAUUGCGUCCACGCCGCCGACGCGGGAACACGCCUAACGGGGAGCUGAAGCUUUGGGGCCUUUCGCUCGGCAUGACCCUCGACCUACUUGCUCACAUGGCCGUGCCCUCCAAUUCGUGUCUCACCGCUGCGGAACAGAGAGCGCGCGAGAUGGAGAAAACCACAGAGGGUGCAGAAGCAGUUGUAAGCGCAAGCGCGCUGCUGCCUCCAGAUGCUGAAGUGCUUGAGAUCCUUCGCAUGCCGGUCGUCGUGCCUAGCCUGACGAGUGUUUUUCCGCGCUUCUCAUAUCCAGAUGUAAACUUUUGGAUAUGGGUAUUCGGAAAACGUUAUCGCGCGGUUAUGCGCGGUUGGGAGGCGAGCGUGCGUGCAGCUGGGACGAACGAUAGGCGAAUAAACUGGACGGGCUCCGCGCUAACGACAUUCUAUGCCGCAGUGCGCAAGGCAUUGGUUGUCGUACUUGUGCUGCGCGCUAUCGGCGUGCUUGUUGGUCUACUCGUCGGCACGUGGAUGCUCUUUUGGUAGAAGUGGUUUGUGUGUUCGAUAUUGUUUACUUUCGAGAAUUACGACCUGUCACGAUUUGUUGAUGUAACUGGGGAACACGAUGUUGUUGACUUAUGGACGGCUCAUGUAUAUGGAUUGUUGUAAAAUAUCACUGAAAUUUACACACAUUGCAUACGUCU